AUGGAGGCAGUCCCAGGAGUCCCCGCUCAACUUCCACCGUUGGCAGCAUAUCCAGACCCUAAUGUCAGGGCCAGUGUUCCGCCCGCUGAAUGGGACGCCUGUCUCGACUCGUGGCUCGUCAGUAUCGAAGUACGCCUCCGUCUGCAAGAGAGGCACUUUUCGGAAUUCAAACUCUCGCAGCAUGCGAGCGGAACGGCUUUCCUGAAAUCGCUGCUCAGCGCUAGCCGGGACGGAGGUCCAGCUUCGUCGAUGCCUCAGAAGGAACGCUUGCUGUUGAAGCGGGCCUACAUGCUCUUGAGAAGGCUGUUGCUCGUGACGAAAGUGCCGUUCGACUACGGUGACGCAGAGUUACUUGAUCUCUUGUGCCUGGCGAGCCUUCGGUAUGCUUCGGUCGGAGAUUGGAGGACCACAGCCAGGACACUCUGGAAGAGGAAUACGACCCAGGUGGCCAACGCGGUAGAAGGUUGGAAGAAAACUUCCUUGGGACGACUGUCCUCACAGCCAGAUGCUGAAUGGUUCUUGGAGCCAUGCCGCCGGUUCAAUGCUUUGCUGAAGAUUUCGCCUGAUUCGGGGCUCAUUCUUAUGACAGGCUCGGAUUACCUCGAAUCACUUAUGGAAGCAUACAGUAAUUUGCAGUCGAAUCCCAACAGCGCGGGCGCUCAAAGGGCACUAACGGAACACAUAUUUUACUGCUUACGGAGUCUCAUGUCUGACAACUUGCCGCGUGGCUCCCUCCUCCUGGAUCAUCUCUACUACAUGAAAUCCGAAGCCGACAGAACAGCCAAGUCGAAGCCCGGCCAGCCAACGUUGUGCUCAAGCUUGGUCUGCACGACGUCUUUCUUGAGGCACCUUGCCGCCGACGACUCGAUAAACACUGGAAAACGAGGUCAAGCCUUGAUCGAUUCACUUACAACCUAUCGCCAGAACACAGCACAUUUACACCCACUCGUCGGUCCGUCGAAACGGAAAGUCGUGAAGGGUAAGGGAAAGGCUGACGUGCAUGACGAGAUACAUGUGCACAGAGCUUCUCAGAUAUCACAAGUACACGAUCUUUUCCCAGACCUGUCUAGCCAUUACGUUCACAGACUACUCGAUCAUUUUGACGACGACACCGAAGCUGUGAUUGCGGCUUUACUUGAGCCUGAAUCACUGCCACCCAAUCUCCACGAACCAGACUCAUCAGACACGCCUAUGCAGGACUUUGGUGGGCCUCACCACGAUCUCGCACCGCAUCCUACACCUCCAUUACUUCCUCAAAGGAAGACCGUAUAUGACGGUGAUGACUUUGACAACUUGAGGAUAUCAUCGGAUCGGUUGCACAAAGGCCGCAAAGACAUCAAAAUAGAUCAAGAGACGACAAGCGACGAGCAUGCUCGACGAAAAGCAGCAAUUAUAGCCGCUUUAGCCGCAUUCGACUCUGACGAUGACGAGAGAGAUGACACCUACGAUGUGGCAGAUGUCGGCGGCACUGUAGAUUCCACCAUCGACACCGACAGCCGACCCCGGCCAGAAAGCAGUCCGUUGCAAAAUCCGCACGAAGAACUACUCUAUCGAGCGUGGAAGGACAAUGAGGAGCUGUUUGGGCGAGAUAGCAAGACCCGUAUCAAUAAGGUGCGGCAAGACCUCAAACGCGAAACGGGCAUGAGCGACGAGCAGAUUGAGGGAUGGGCGAUCAUGUUGAAGAAGGACCCGAAACGGCAAGACCAGCUGCACAGGAAGUACUCGGCACCGCAAGCAUUUAGAGGGAACCAGGCUGCGCUGGGUGCUACAAGAUGGCAAGGGGGCACUCCCGAAGAGAGUGAGGAGGGCGAAAGCAGCGCUGCAAGUCGUACUGGAUCAGGACCCAGACGGGGAGGCCGCUUAUCUGCCCGUGGUCGAGGAGGUAGUACUGCCGGCCCUAGUGGUGAUGCGGCAACUCAGGCUGCAAGAAGGCGAAAGGAGCAAGGCAGAGGACGAGGCGGAACAAACCAUGGCCGGCGUGAAGGCCGAGCCCGCAAAAUGGGCAGAGGCAUGGCAGGGUGA